GUGGCUUCGCACUUUCGAUCUUUCCAGAACUUCAUAAAUCUUCGAGGAUCUGCUUCUCCUUUUUCUCUCUAGCCCUAAAAUCACCAGCCAUGGUGAUGAUUGAUGACUAUGGUUAUGGCUCAAUAGAUUUUGUUUUUAUUGUACACGAGAAACGAGACAAUGAGCAGCAGAAAUAGCCGCACCAUCUAUGUUGGUAACCUUCCUGGAGAUAUUCGUUUGAGAGAAGUAGAAGAUCUGUUCUACAAGUAUGGACCCAUUGUCGACAUUGAUUUGAAGAUUCCCCCACGCCCACCGGGCUAUGCUUUUGUGGAGUUUGAAGAUAUUCGUGAUGCUGAAGAUGCAAUUUAUGGCCGAGAUGGAUACAAGUUUGAUGGAUGUCGUUUACGGGUGGAAUUUGCGCAUGGUGGAAGGGGACAUUCCUCUUCAAUAGAUCAUUAUAGUCGUAGUGGGAGUAGCCGUGGUGGUGUUUCUCGGCGAACUGACUAUCGUGUUUUGGUCACUGGAUUACCUCCUUCUGCUUCAUGGCAAGACCUGAAGGAUCACAUGCGUCGUGCUGGUGAUGUCUGCUUCUCUGAAGUUUUCCGUGAUCGUGGUGGGAUGGCAGGAAUAGUAGAUUAUACAAACUAUGAUGACAUGAAAUAUGCUAUACGGAAACUUGAUGAUUCUGAAUUUCGAAAUGCCUUUUCUCGUGCGUAUGUACGGGUGAAGGAGUAUGACUCUAGGCGUAGCUAUUCCAGGAGUCCUUCCCGUGAUUCUAGACGAAGUGAUUAUUCUAGAAGUCCUAGUCGUAGUCCUCAUGGGGAAAGAGGUCGGAGCCAGAGCAGAAGCCGGAGUCGAAGUAGAAGUCAAUCUCGAAGCCUUAGACGUAGUCAUAGCCAUAGUCACAGUGGCAGGAGCACAAGUCUUUCUCCAAGGCUGAAGCACUCUCGUCGGUCGCCGUCAAUUUCUGAACAAUCCCAGUCAAAGUCUCUUUCAAGGUCAAGGUCGAGAUCCAGAUCAGGAUCACCAGUUUCCUCUCGUCGUGAGAGGAAAUUUCAGAAUCGGAGCAGAUCUCGUUCCAAGUCCAGAAGCCUGUCCCGAUCUCUUUCACCUGAUGGGAGAUCUGAUCGAAGCCGAAGCCGAAGCCGAAGCCGAUCUGUUGAUUCCAGGGACCGAUAUUCAGAAUAGAUCAUAUUGUUAUUGAGAUGGGAUUGUAAAGCGUAGAAGAGAGAUUAGCGUUGGGUAUAUUUGGAGGGGGCUGGAUUUAAUGUGUGUGUUAUGGGUGACUAGUAUUUGACCCUACCCAUGUUUCAGUGUAUUUUGUACGUUGGUACUUGCUUGGUUAUGUUUCACUUUAGAAUUACCAAAUGAAUUUCUCGGGUCAAAAUUUAAUAAACAA